AUGACUGUUGCAAUUGUAACUGGAGCGUCUCGUGGGAUUGGUCGUGCCAUCGCUCUGCAGCUAGCGGAGGAUGGCAUGGACGUUGGAUUGAAUGAUGUAGAAGCCCAAAGGUCUGAAUUGGAAGGCGUCAAGAAGGAGAUCGAGGCGAAAGGACGGAAAGCAAUUAUCGCAAUCGCCGAUGUCACUCAAGAAGAUCAAGUCAAGGCCAUGGUGACCUCGGUGGUGAACGAGUUUGGAGAGUUGAACGUCAUGAUUGCCAAUGCUGGGAUCAUCGUCACCAAGAAGCUGUUCGAGGUCACUGUCGAGGAGUGGGACAAAGUCCUUGCAGUCAAUCUUCGAGGCGUCAUGCUCUGUUACCGGGAGGCCGGGAAGCAGAUGGUCAAGCAGGGCAAAGGCGGCAAGAUCAUUGGCGCCUGCUCGACGGCAGGUUAUCGACCGUCGACCAAUGCGAUCGCUUACACCGCGAGCAAAUGGGCAGUUCGUGGGUUGACCCAAGCAACUGCCCUCGAACUGGCGCAAUAUGAUAUCAAUGUCAAUGCAUACUGUCCGGGUCCAGUUGAUACGCAUAUGUGGAAAGAGAUCGGUGCCAGUAUCUCGGAGCGCACCGGAGUGAGUCCCGAAGAUGCAUUCCAGCAAUCGGUGGAAGCUCGAGCGGCUUUGAAGAGACCUCAGGAACCAGAAGACAUCGCCAACAUCGUCAGUUUCCUCGCCAGUCCCAAGUCGAGAAACAUCACAGGCCAGAGCAUUCUCGUCGAUGCUGGAAUAUCCUUCUCGUGA